AUGCGUGCCGAAUACUUCUGCAUGCCCAAUACUAAUAGAACACGCCCCGCUCCUCGCAGGUGUCACGACCAGUUCGUGGAUGUCAACGAGCUCUCAUCAAGAAUUUUUGAAGGCACGGAAGCGGAGGUUCAUGCAACGCGUGGUGCCCACCCUCAGUCCUCUGUCACGACUGAGCUUCCGCAACCGCCAACGACUUGGGAGCUACAUCCUCGCUUGCUCCUGCUAUCAAUUGUCCGCCGCUCUCCACCCGAAAACAACGGAGCAAAUGAUUUCCCGCAACUCCCCGUGCUUUCAAGGCUACAUCUACAAGUGCUUCUCAGACACCUAUUCUCACUUUUGUUCCGCUCUCAACCCAAUUUCAACGGAGUCACCGAACCUUAA